AUGGACCAUAGUGAACACCAUCCGAACCUGAGGGACGGAUCCCUUUCUCCGACUUCUACGAUCUCGGACCUUGGGCUCGAUCUGAGUAGGUUACCGACAAUUGCCAUCUUGUCAGCGCAUUUGAAGGACGAGGACGAGAAGCACCUGAUAGAAACGCUACGUCGGUUCGAGGCGCCAUUCACUACCGACGCCUCGAGAGCAAAGAUCUUCAUCGGAAAGGUGGCGACCAAACGGAGGGCCGAGUUUGAACUUCGGUCUCGGAGGCUUACGGUUGAAGAGAGUGUCGCACCAAAACGGCCUGCUAGUCCUGUCAAAACCAGUGAUUACACGAGCAAGAGGCGGAAAGUGUCUAGGAGUCGGGCCAAUCUGGACGGAGCGGGGGCUGAUGACUCUGCUACUGAAGACGAUGCUAUUGACGGAUCCACCACCAGACACAAGGAGAGUUCUGGACUCGAUGCGACAUCUACGCAAGUCUUGUCUUUGUUCGAUAAUCCUACAGGGGAAGACACUAUCUGGGUGAUACGGCUCGACUGGUUGGAAGACUGCGUGCGAGCUGGCCACCUACUGCCUUUGAACGACAAGCUAGUGUACACCGGUAGAGUGCGCGGGCGACCCAAAUCGGUCAAUCCAAGACCUAUGGUGCCACUGCCUUCAAACAAGCCUAGAGGCGCACCUGCUUCUCAGACCCUUGUGGCGACUCGCCCAGACGAAGAGGGGGACAUUCUGGACAGAGCGAAGGCAGAUGUAGCCAAGAAUCCGCCAAAAUUGCACUAUCGACCUUAUCGAACCGGUCCCAGCUAUGGCACUCGUCGAUUCGAGGGCAAGAGUUUCGCGCCUACCUUGCAACCUAACAAACCUACAUUCGCCUCGGCUACAGCGCACCUAUUACAGCAAACCACAAGCGAGUAUGAUGGCACUGACAGCGACACACCUGAACCACCCGAGUGGGUCAAGAAAAGGAUCAAGUACGCAUGUCAGCGCUUCACACCCGCGAAUGGCCCCAACGAAGAUUUCCUCGACGAGCUGAAGAAGAUUCGCACUGCCAGGACGCUCAUCGAUGAUGACAUAGGCGUUCGUGCGUAUUCGACCAUCAUAGCUGCAAUCGCAGCCUACCCAUACAGACUCAGCCACCCUCGUGAGAUCGCACAGCUCCCGGGAUGUGACGAGAAGACAGCCGUGCUGUUCGUGGAGUGGAAGAACACUGGCAAGAUCCAGGCAGUAGAAGACUAUGAGGACGACGAAGCGAUGAAAGUCCUGCGCUCGUUCUACGACAUCUGGGGCGUUGGUGCGAAGACUGCGCGCCAUUUCUUCUAUGACAACAACUGGAACGAGCUCGAUGACAUAGUCGAAUUUGGAUGGAAUGACUUGGAUCGCGUACAGCAGAUUGGCGUCAAGUAUUACGACGACUUCUUGGAUCCAAUUCCCCGAGCAGAGGUGGAGCAGAUCGCAGACGUCGUGCGCCAGCACGCUGUCAAGCUACGGGAUGACCGCAUCACGGCGACCAUCGCGGGUGGUUACCGGCGUGGCAAGCAAGCUUCGGGCGACGUAGAUAUGAUUAUCUCGCACCCCGAUCUCGAAUCCACCGCCGGACUGAUCAGAGAGAUCGUCGAAUCCCUAGAGGCCGACGAGUGGAUAACGCACACCCUAACAAUGAGCCUGACCAACACACAAAGGGGCCAGCACGCACUGCCCUUUCGCUCGACGAAAGGCCACGGCGUGGGCUUCGACACGCUGGACAAAGCGCUCGUCGUGUGGCAAGACCCGGCGUGGCCGACUCGCGAGCAAGACCUCGAGGCAAACCCAAAGGCCAAGAACCCCAACAUCCACCGCAGGGUAGACAUCAUCAUUGCGCCCUGGAGAACCGUUGGCUGCGCAGUCAUGGGCUGGAGCGGCGGUACCACGUUCCAGCGUGACCUCAGGCGGUACGCGAAGGCCGUCAAGGGCUGGAAGUUCGAUAGUAGUGGGAUCCGCAGCCGCAGCAACGGCGAAGCGAUACUACUCGAGGGCGAGAACGGUGUAGACGGAACACCAGAAGACGCAGAGAAGAAGGUAUUCGAGGGCCUGGGGCUGGUGUUCGUUCCGCCUGAGUACAGGGUCACGUAUUGA